AUGGUUCCCAACAGCCACGACCCCUCCUCCGCAGGCUCGUCUCUGGUCGCAGCCGCCAGUGAGGGCGACCGCAGUACGCAGGAGGGGCAGCUUUCGCCAGUUCCCUCAGCUUCUGAGCACCUUUUGGGAGGUUCGCAUUCGCAGACUGGAGAUAACGGACAGGCGCACGACCAUGAGGGCGGCGUUUCACGCGAAGGCCGAGGCGGUCAAGGAGGAACGGGAGGCAGCACGCGGUGCGGAGCGUCGUCAUCUCGGGGCGGAAGUGAUACGCAACAGUCGAUUCCUGUUCCGGUUCGAAGGACUUACCUUGACGAGGUGCCCGAGGACCUGAAGUGCCCAAUUUGCUUCGACAGUGCCGUCAGUUGCCGCACGCCGUGCUCCCACUUCUUCUGCUACACAUGCAUCAACAGCCACAUUAACAAUCGCCUGAGGCAGCAGCAGGCAGUAAACUGCCCUCUCUGCCGCACCGCCGUCAGCGCCACCAACCUCAUGAGCAUUGGCGGGGCGAAAGUUGUGCGGGUUCGGGCGCUCCGCGUCACGUGCGUAGGUGCCGUCAGCGGCUGCACGGUCUCGGGGACUUUGGAACAAGUCGAAAAACACGAGAGUGUGUGCCCCCAUGUCCUGGUCUUCUGCCGCUUCCGAGAUAGAGGCUGUAUCGCCCCUCUCAUCCGACGUGAGGCUCCUCUCCACGAGAAUCGCUGUCGCUUUAAUCCCCUUGUCCACGCGUGCCGCCACAACUUGUCGGGCUGCAAAGUUCGAGGGACCGACGAGCUGUUGCGCCUCCAUGAAAGCCGAUGCAGAUACCGGAACAUGGAGAAGUUUGUUCGCUGCCCCCACUUCGAGUCCGCCGGCUGCGGGCUUCUUAUCAAGAAGAAGUACCGGGAGAGACACGCGCAGUGCUGCGCGUUCAAGAUCGUUCAAGAUGCAGAGCAGGCUUCGCGGCCCUGUGCGUCCUCUGAGGCUGCGGCGCCGACGGAUGCGGCAUGCGGCGGAGCAGCGAGCGCGCGCGAGGCGAAGCGGCGACGGUCGAUCUCUGCGGCGGAAGACAAGGAGGAAAACAGAGAGCAUGGAGAGGCACGCCGAGCGGACGACGCAGUCUGCGCAGCCGAAGGCGAGCGGAAAAAAUUGCGAGGUGCACCAGACGCUCGAGACGCGCAGGAGGAAGACGAGUGCGGCGAGGAUGAAGCAGAUCGUAGGCGAGGCGCAGAGGAAACCAAGGCCGACCUCCACUCCUUCAGGAUCUCAUUUGAGUGGCGAAACGCAGACAAAGCCAUCUCCUACGAAGACCUGCAGGGGCAGCUGCGCGCCUUCCUUCCCAACGUCGUCUCUGUGCAAGGCGGACGAACCUUUGGGGAAUUCCACGCAAUCGUUGAAAGAUUUCCUGUGACGGUGCUGCGCGCGGUCGGCAUGGCGGGGGACCCGCAGGUCAGCUGCAGCUUGUUCGACUUGAACUUGCGUCUCAAGGGCAUCACAACGGUUCAGGCAGGCAUUGAGUGA